AUGACGGUCUCCAAGUUGGUUCUUGCUGGUGUGCUCUUGAGUGCUCUUGUUUGCUCCAUCAGCGCUAGGAAGCUUGCGGGCGCGAGGCCUGAUCCUUUUCAGGACGAGAAGACAUUCUUCCGCGGCCCUAGGUAUGGCAUCGGCGUUGGCCUUGGCAAUGGAGGUGGUGGCGGUGGUUUCGGAGGCGGAGGUGGCUUGGGCAGUAGCGCUGGUUUAGGUGGCGGUGCUGGCUUGGGAGGAGGCGCUGGCACCGGUGGUGGUUUUGGUGGAGGCGGUGGAGGAGGUUUCGGGGGAGGAGGUGGAGGAGCAGUCGGUGGCGGGUUCGGCGGUGGAGCUGGCGGAGGGUUCGGAGGAGGGGCAGGGGCAGGGGUGGGGGUAGGCGGGGGUGGUGGUGGAGGAUUUGGAGGCGGCGGCGGGCUUGGCGGCGGAGCUGGAGGAGGGUUUGGCGGAGGUGCCGGUGGCGGCUUUGGAGGUGGAUUUCCCUGA